CCAAUACCUAUUUAAUUAGGGGCAAUUUAGUCAAAUUGCCUUUUUUUUCAAAGAGUUAGUAUUUUCUUACGGGAUGUGCAAAUAGCUAAGUGAACACUCUUUUUGAUCCGGAGGUAGUAUAAUAUUAGCAUUCACAUAGGUAAAAGCUAGCAUUCACAUAGGCUAAGCCAUCGUUAUAGGUAUGAGUUCAGCAAGGAGUUAAUAGUUUUGCUCAAACCAUGUAGUUGUGUUUAAAUUAUUUAAUAUAUAUGAGUAUAGGAUUCAGUAUGCAAAAAGAAUUAUGGUUCAGAAUCCUAAACGACUAAAGAUUUUAGUUCCGUCUCUACUUGCAACUGAACUCAUAACUCGUUUUUGUUAAUAGGUUCGCAAUAUAAUAUUGAGGUAAAUUUUGGGUAAAUAUACCCUUCAGCCGACUAGUUUACCAAACAUGACCAAAGUAUGCACUACCUAUACACUUUGGUUGUAUAUGUUGUGUAUAGGAAUGUAUAUUAUAUGUAUAGGUAUGUAUAUUAUAUGUAUAAGUAGAUGUAUUAUAUGUAUAUUUAGUAUAAAUUAUACAUUACCUAUACACUGUGUACAUAUUUUGUAAAUUAGAUUGCCGAAUAAUACUUGACUAUAACUUUUACUAAUAUUUACGCGUAUUUAAUGAAUUUUCCAAUACGAAUAAAAGGUCGAAGUAAAAGCUAUUGGAUUCGUCCGAACUCAUACCUAAUAGUGUAGCUCCGCCCCUUGUUCACAUGCUAAGAAUUAUUUAUUAUUACCUUCACAAUAUAAAGCCAGAAAUAGUACGUAGCAAUAGGUUGCGAAAAAUGUCAUUGCAUGCUACACAUAACACAUGCAUGCAUGAAAGAACACUUUCUCCAAUCAUCAACAGAAUUAACGGAAUAAUAAAAAUAUUUCGAUUUCCAAACUUACCCAACCGAUCCAUUCAUCUUUGUUAUUUCCUCAUCAUCUCCAACAAUUUCUCCAAAAUUUCUUCUAAAUCUGUAACAUAUUUCAUUUUGGGACAUCAUCUGUUGUUCGAUUCUUGAAUUUUCACGGAAAUUUCAGUUUUUUUUUUUUGGUGCAAUCGUGUGAUUUAGUGAGUAUUAGAAUUUUGGGAUAAAAAUUUAGGGCUUCAUUAAGUGUUCUGUUGAAUGUUGAUGAUCAAACAAUAGUUUGAGCAUUAAUUAUUCUGGUUAUUAUAGUAUAUGAUGAUAUUGGAAAUUGAGAAAGGUUGAGAUUUUGAUCAUUUGAGCUAAAUGGGGAAUAAUUGUGUAGGACCCAAAUUGGCUAACAAUGGGUUCUUACAAUCUGUUACUGCAGCUGUAUGGAAAACUAAUCACUCUGAAAAUUUACCACUCCCUAAUGAAGGGGUGGACACGAAUUCAGAGAAAAGCAAAGAUGCUGAUUCAUCGAAAACAGAUGGAUCUGGUAAUGUACAAGGUAAUCCACCUCCACACCUUAUGAUAAAUGGAGAUAAUACACAAAUGGAUAGUAAUAAUAAUAACAAGAAUGUAGUUGCUAAUGAGACUGUUCCUGAUAAGCCUGUGGAGGGCGCUAAAACCAAGCCUACUCAUGUUAGGAGAACGUCGAGUUUAGGGGUUCAGAUUGAAUCAGUUUUAGGAAGAAAAACGGGUAAUAUAAAAGAAAUUUAUAGUUUAGGGCGGAAGUUAGGACAAGGGCAGUUUGGGACGACGUUUUUAUGUAUAUCGAAGUCAAGUAAUAAGGAAUACGCGUGUAAGUCCAUUGCUAAAAGGCGUUUGACAACUGAGGAAGAUGUUGAGGAUGUAAGGAGGGAGAUUCAGAUAAUGCAUCACUUGGCAGGACAACCAAGUGUGGUACAAAUUGUUGGAGCGUACGAGGAUGCUGUUGCAGUUCAUGUUGUAAUGGAACUUUGUGCAGGUGGUGAGCUUUUCGAUAGGAUUUUACAACGAGGGCAUUAUUCAGAGAAGAAGGCAGCUGAACUUGCAAGAGUAAUAGUAGGUGUUGUAGAAGCAUGUCAUUCUUUGGGUGUUAUGCAUAGGGACCUGAAACCCGAGAACUUUCUUUUCGUCAAUGAACAAGAGGAAUCACCUCUGAAGACAAUCGACUUUGGAUUAUCAGUGUUCUUCAAGCCAGGUGAAACCUUCAGUGAUGUUGUUGGAAGCCCUUACUAUGUGGCCCCAGAAGUGUUGCGGAAGCAUUAUGGUCUAGAAUGUGAUAUUUGGAGUGCAGGAGUCAUUAUUUAUAUACUGCUUAGCGGUGUUCCCCCAUUUUGGGAUGAGUCGGAGCAAGGAAUAUUUGAACAGGUUUUAAAAGGGGAACUUGACUUUGCAUCAGAACCCUGGCCUGCUAUAUCAGAAAGUGCAAAAGAUUUAGUCAGAAAAAUGCUGGUGAGAGAUCCCAAAAAGCGGUUGACUGCCCAUGAAGUUCUUUGUCAUCCAUGGGUCCGUGUUGGUGGGGUUGCUCCAGAUAAGCCUCUUGAUUGUGCUGUUCUCAGUCGUCUCAAUCAGUUUUCUGCAAUGAAUAAAUUAAAGAAGAUAGCAGUCAGAGUAAUUGCUGAAAGUCUGUCUGGAGAGGAAAUUGCAGGACUGAAGGAAAUGUUCAAAAUGAUAGACGCAGAUAAUAGUGGACAUAUUACGCUCGAAGAACUGAAAACGGGUUUGGAAAAAGUGGGUGCCAAUCUGAAGGAUUCAGAAAUAGUUAGUUUGAUGCAAGCGGCAGAUAUUGAUAAUAGCGGUACAAUUGACUAUGGCGAGUUUAUAGCUGCUAUGCUCCAUCUAAACAAAAUUCAGAAGGAAGAUCACAUGUAUGCUGCGUUUUCAUAUUUUGAUGAAGAUGGUAGUGGAUAUAUCACAAAGGAUGAGCUCCAAAAUGCUUGUGAUAAGUUUGGUUUGAGCAAUAUUCCCAUCGACGAGCUUAUGCGUGAAGUUGAUCAAGAUAAUGAUGGACGCAUCGAUUACAGUGAAUUUGUAGCAAUGAUGCAAGACACUGGCUUUGGUGAGAAGGGAAGCAAAAGAGUGCCUUAAAGCUCGGUAAACUUGAUGAUUAACAACCAUAGCUGCACGGAGUACGGUAUGGCCAUUCAGGAAGUCCCUCCGAGGGCGACAUCGAUACAAUUCUUGUGAGAGCUGGACAAGCGUCUACGGGUAAAGCACCGUAUCCAUAUAACUGCUUGCCACCUAAGCUACGCCAUCCAGUCCAAGUUUAGAAACCUAGGUAAUAUCGCACCUCGCACCUAAAGGAGUCGCCGUCCUUGUGAGGAGAAGGAUCCUUCUCUUGCUGUCGAAAAUGCUUACUCAUGGUCUAUUGUGCAGUAGAUGAUAUCAUUCUGGAUUAGUUUCUAGGCAUAAGCCAACCAUACAUACCGCUUUCUCGUUUAGGAAUUUCCUUAGUAUAGUGUAAAGAUUAGUCAGGCAUUGUUAUUACAUUUAAACAAGAUUUGAUCAAAAAGUUAGAUUGCAGUAUGAUGUAAAGAUUAGUCAGGCAUCGGAGAGGAAAGACAAAUUUUGUUAUCCUUCUUAGCAUUCCAUUUUGUAUCUUUUAUAUAUUUGUCUAUUUCUUUCUGUUGAGGAAACCGAUGUUCGUAAUGCCACCCUUUAUGCUUGCUCACUAGUUGAUCACCUUCUUAGUGUGGAUUCAGCGGAAGCAGAUUAAAACUGUAUACAGGUGUUCCAUUGAACCUGUAGCCUGAAUGGUUUGGAUGGAAGUUGCUCCUGCAGGAAAAUCCAGGGUUUAUUAGUGGUUUAAUGUCUCACCAUUUCUUGUGAGCACCUCAUUUUAGGGAUCUUCUUGAGAUUUUUAGACUUAUUUGCUAAGGUAACUUGCUGGCAUGGUGAUUCAAUGCUCCUUUGGGAAGAUAACUUUUUGAUAAUGGACCAGAAUAGUUGCAAGUGUGCUGAAGGGAAUAUUGUUAUUGCUUACACCUCAGUAGGGGACUAGUGUAUCUAUUAUGUUUCAUAAGUGAUUUUCAUAGAAGAAUAACGUUUGCAUCAGUGUCAUAGACAACAUGUGUUGAUCUGAUUGUUACCAGAUGGUAAUCCAUUUAGCAGAAAGUGACUUCCUACGUCCAUUUAAUCCAUUCGUCUGGGUUUUUUGGUGUUAUACAAUCUUAUUUGUCACUUACAUAUGUAAAGCGAUUAGUUAUGGUAGUUAGAUUUUAAUAUCUUCCUUUCGAAUAUAGAACACUUAAAUUGUAUAUAUGUAAGUUUCUCAAAUUUUAUAUGUUUAUUGAGUCGAUAUUGCGCU